CCCUCCUUUGCGUUUUCUUUCUAGUUGUUCGGUGCCUGAAAAACCCUUUACCCAUCAAGAAUCAAAGAAAACCAAGAACCCUCCACUCUCUCAAGCUUUGAAGCUAAAAGAGAAUUAUCAGCAAAAACAUUAAAGAUAAAGAGAGAUGCAAGAAUCUCAAGAAAGAGCAGAGUAUACUCUUGUUGCAAGGAAACCCAGUUUUGGUCUCCCAACUGGUUGUCCAAUCUGCUUGCCUCUUUUCAUCUACCUCAAAUUUUCUAACUUUCCAUUCCAUUUGGUUUUCAACAACACUUUCCCUGAUUCAGAUCAAAUUCCAUAUAUUGAAUCGGGCACUUACGUGGCCUACAAUGACGAGAAUGGUGGGGUAAUCCAAUGUUUAAAGGAAGAUGGCAUUGUUGCUUUGGACACUGACUUCAGCUCGCUCCCAGAAUGGAUAUCAAUGAAAGCGAUGGUUAGCACCUGGCUUGCAGAUGCAAUCAUGUAUGAACUCUGGGUGGGGUCUGAUGGAACCUCUGCCCGAACAAUUUAUCACUCUGGCCUCCCUUGGUUGAUAGGAAAGGCUCUAUUAAUGAAACAAGUGCACGUUGUUAAGCAGCGACUUGGGAUAACUAAAGAAAAUGUUGAGCGAAGGGAAGCAGAGAUCUACAAGAGAGCAAAAAUUGCAUAUGGAGCUUUGUCAACCACAAUAGGGGAUCACACAUUUCUUUUUGAAAGGCCAUCUAGUUUGGACGCAUAUUCCCUUGGGCAUGUCCUUUUCACUCUUCAAGCAUUUUCUGUGAGUCACUUUACCAAUUGUCUUCUGUGACCUGUGAGAGCUAAAUGCUGGCAUUUGUAUGGCUAGAACAUUUAGGUUAUAACAUGUAAUUACAUCACUGAUGCUAGCAAUGUUAGCCACCGGGAUAUCCUAAAUUAUGUUCUAGGCCUGCUAGAACUCUGGAGCACUUGGCAAUGAGAUUCUCCCAUUACUUAACAUAUUCUGCAUAUCCCUCUGCAGAACCAAUAGCAAAUUCAGUAAGCGAGCUGUUUGCAACUGACAUUCCUGCACAAAGUACCUUUAUGGGAAUUUCAGCCAUUUUCUCUGUAGUCAUUACAUCUUCUACUUCAUCAACCUCCACCAUUUCCAUACUUCUGCCUCAUUCAACUGACAACCCUGCUCCAACUCUCUUUGAACGGACUGGGACCCUGUGUGGAUCGCCUCUUAGCUGCUGUGCAUAGAUUAAACCCAUUCCAGCAGCAAAAAUAAAUACAUUGAAAUUCUAUGCUAUAAUCAUGGCCUUGAAAACUUGGGACGCUCAGAAUGCAUCAUUCAAAAAGUUAUGCAGAAGAUUUGAGAUGUACCCUGACUUCUUGGUUGAGUUUCUUCUCCCGGGCAUAUAAUCUGUCAAAUGUUGAUUGGUGACUACAUGAGAACAUGCAAGAAAUCAAAUUGGUGUUGCAAGAAAAAAACCUUUUUUUAAAUCAAAACGAUGAUGGUAACUAUCUAUGCAAUGCCUGUUGUGUCCGAAGACAGUACAGGACAAGACCUACCUCUUUUCUACCCACCUACCACCUCCCUCUUUCCAACCUCAACUUCCAAACCCAAAAAGAACAUCAUCAAACCCUAACUGAAAAGCUUUUAUCUCUGAUAAAACAAUGCAAAUCGAAAUAUAUGAAAUUUGUAAAUGCGUUUCAAGCUAAUAUGAUUUUUUUUUGUUCAACUAUCACUUCAUAUGUGUGCACAGAAUGGAGCUUCCAAUGAAGCAAUUGUACUAUUCAAUGGAAUGAGAGAGGCAGGUCCUGAUUGAAGUAUUGUCUGCAUGUUCCACAAUAGGGGCCCUUGAUUUAGGGAAAUGGGUUCAGACACAUGCAUCAGAAAGAGGUUUACAGCACGAUGUCUAUGUUGCGAGUGAAUUAAUUGAUAUGUAUGCAAAAUGUGGGAGCUUGGAUGAUGCACUCAGGGUUUUUGAGAGUAUGCCUCAUAAAAAUGAGGUCUCAUGGAAUGUCAUGAUUUCUGCUCUUGCUUUCCAUGGGAGGCCCUGGAAGCAUUAUCAUUAUUCAGACGCAUGUCAAAGGAUAAUGGCACUGUUCAGCCUAAUGACAUCCCUUUCAUAGGAGUCCUUUCUGCAUGUGUGCAUGCCGGAUUGGUUGAUGAGGGCUGCCAAUUGUUUGAAUCAAUGAAAUUGUCAUUUGGAUUGGUCCCAAAAGUCAAGCAUAUUCUUGCAUGGUUGAUCUUUGUGCGCGUGCAGGACUUCUGAACGAAGCUUGGGACUUAAUCAAGAAGAUGCCUGGGAAACGAGAUGAAAUUGUGUUGAGGUCAUUGCUUGGUGCCUGUUAGAGGCGUAGAAAUACAGAUGUUGGUGAAAGGGUCAUUCAAUUGUUUCCAGAGAUGUAAUUAUCUUAUCUAAGAUAUAUGAAAAUAUGAGAAGGUGGGAUGAUUCUGCAAAGAUGAGGCAGUGUGGUGUCUCUAAAACCCCUGGUUGUAGUUGGAUUGACGUUGGAGCUCGUGCUCAUGAAUUUCAUGCUGGUGGCAGCUUACAUCAUCAUUCGGAGAACAUAUAGCAAUUGCUGAAUGAGGAGAUGAAGAGAGAAGGUUACAUUCCAAAUAUCGGUUGCAUAUAGAGGUGGAAAAGUUGAAAACUUGGUGGCCUCUUUCAGCCAUUGACAGUGCAUUCGGAGGGAUUAUAUCUUCUGGUUAAUGACUACAGCCAAAAUGUUGAAUGGUAAGUUGUGUUCUUAAGAGCUUGAGCAAGGAUCUCUAUCUUGCAACUGUACAAAUGUAGUUUUCUAUGGUGAUUCAUCCUUUAGGGUGUGGGGUUCAUUCGUUGUUAAAGAAGAGGAAAGUGUUUUCCGGUGCUAAAAAGAGGAAAACACUUUCCUUUUGGAAAAAGGGUUGUGUUUUCCAUGUUUGAAACCACUUUCUUGGAAAUUGGUUUCUCGUAGUUUAUCAAACAUAGAAAAGUUGUUUCCAUGAGAGUGGUUUUCAUGAAACAAACAAGCCAGUUUAGUUUUUAAUGCUCCCUUCUUUGCUUUCUUAACUUUCUCGUUGUUGUGGCAAUUACAACUGGAAAUAUGAUAAAGCUAAAGGACAUGCUAGUGGAAGUGGAAGAGAAGAAAUGCAUUUUGAUUUGUCAGUGUUUUAAGCAAGUGGAAGUGGAGGUAAUUAAAGAUUCUAACAAGAGACUUAACUUUAUUUUCAUGUAUUCUUUCACCGGAUAUCUGUCCAUGUCUAAUUGGAUCUAUUAUUCUUGUAAUUCUCAUUUUUUAGUUUUUUUUAGAGGAAGUUUAAUUUUUUUCUUUUUACCUCCAUGUGAAAGCUAAGGUUUUCUAGUUUUCUGUACAUCACUUUUGGAACAUCCGAUACCUAGUCUAAGCGUAAUCAAAUGACUUUAAUCAAGCAUUGCAGCA